AUGUCCUUCUUAAUGGGACUUGAUGAUUCUUUCUCUCAAGUUCGCGGUCAGUUGCUUCUCAUGGAUUUGAUGCCUCCUAUCAAUCGUGUUUUCUCUCUGAUUGUUCAAGAGGAACAACAAAGGAGGACUAAUCCUUCCUCUGAUUCAAGCAAUUCUACUGGCACAAUGGCCUUUGCUGCUAAAACAGAUGUUGCUAAGUUUGGUGGAUCUAGUUCUCAAAAUUCUCAGAAUUCUAAUUCCAAUGCUUCCAAGAAUCAGAAAAGAGAUAGGCCUUAUUGCACGCAUUGCAAGAUUCUUGGACAUACUGUGGAUCAUUGCUACAAGAUCCAUGGAUAUCCUCUUGGAUAUAAAUUCAGAUCCAACAACAAUUCUAAUGCCGCUGCUUAUCAAGUUUCUACUUCUGAUCAUAGAUCAGAUCAAUCUAAUUCUUUUGGAGGUUUUGUUCAGAAUCUGAACUCCAAUCAAUAUCAGCAGCUAAUGUCCAUGCUUUCUACACAUUUGAGUAGCUCAGCAAAGGUCACCAAUGCUCUUGAUCCUUCUCAAACCAACUGUCUCACAGGUAUUUGCUUCUCUGUGUCUUUGAGUCCUUUGUUUUCAUCCAAUCAGUUCUGGAUUGUAGACUUAGGAGCUACUCAACAUAUUUGUUCACAAGCCAGCGCCUUUGUUUCCUUGCAUUCUAUUCAUCACACAACAAUUACUUUGCUAAACCAUUCUCAGAUUUUGGUCCAUUUUGCUGGUGAUGUUAAACUGCAUUCUGACCUUGUGCUUAAGGAUGUAUUAUAUGUUCCUCAAUUCAAAUUCAACUUGAUCUCAGUCAAUGCUUUAGUAACUAGAUUUGGCCUUACAUGUUUGAAUUCUAUUUCCAAUGCUUUUGUCAAUAAUGUUUCUGCUCAUAUUUGGCAUAAUAAGCUAGGACAUAUUUCUUUUAAGAGACUUGAUUCUUUGAAAGAUAAGUUGAAAUGUGAUGUAACUAGAUUACAUAAGUCGGAUCCUUGUUAUAUUUGUCCUCUUGCUAAGCAAAGAAGGUUGGCUUUUGAAUCCAAUAAUCAUUUGUCCAAAUUUCCUUUUGAUCUUGUGCACUGGGAUAUUUGGGGGCCAUAUCAAAUUGUUUCUUAUACUGGUCAUCGCUUUUUCUUGACUCUUGCUGAUGAUUGCACUCGUUUCACUUGGGUUUAUUUGUUGAGGAAUAAAUCUGAUGUUGUCUUUGUGAUACCGAAGUUUUUCAACAUGGUUUCAACUCAGUUUAAGCCAAAAUCAAAGUAUUUCAAUCUAAUAAUGCACCUGAGUUAUCUUUUACUGAGUUUUUUCAAGAUAAGGGAGUUUUGCAUCGCAUUUGUUUCCACCUUAGCUGCUCAUCGAACCAAGUUCCAACCUCGUGCUCGAGUUUGUACUUUCCUUGGUUAUCCGCCUGGUAUGAAAGGUUAUAAGUUCUAUGAUGUGGAGACCAAACAAGUUUUUCUUUCCCGAGAUGCUGUGUUUCAUGAGGAAGUGUUUCCUUUUCAUGCUAUUACUAGUUUAGAUCAAGUUACUGAUCCGUUUCCAGAUUUGGUUCUGCCACAUUCUUCAUUACAAGCUCAUUUUAUUCCAGAUCUUGCUUCUUCACAUGUUCAUGAUCCAUUUGUUCCCUCUGGUGUUGCUUCUACUUCAGCAGCUAAUAUUCCAGUAGAUGAUAUUCUAGCAAAUGCUCCUUCUCCUUCUCCAUAUGGUGGUGUUAUUCUUCGCAAAUCUACCAGGAUGAUUCAUCAACCUCAUUACUUGAAGGAUUACCAUUGCAAUUUACUUGCUGAAUCUUCUACUCAUGCUUCCACUUUUGCAUCUUAUCCAAUCUCUAACUAUAUCUCUUAUCAUGGCCUUUCUGAUUCACACAGGCAGUUUGUGCUCAGCGUAUCCUCUCAGGUUGAGCCUCAAUACUAUCACUAA